CGGUGUUGUCCAGAUUUGCAAACAGUCUUCAAUAUACGAAAAAUCGCUAUUUUUUCUUUAUAGCUGUCCUUUUUUCGGAAACAUUAUUUGAUUUUAAUAGUAUUCAAUUAACGUGUCCAUACAAUGAAUGUCAACGGAUUGCUUAUGUUGUCUGUGUUGUUAGUUAGUUCAUUGAAUGUCGUUAAGGGACAUAAGUGCCUUAAUUUUACUCCUAUGCCUGAUUUUGAUGUACAACGAUUUUUAGGGACAUGGUACGCCAUCCGAACGACAACGACACCGGUUCGAUGUUUAGUGUAUGACAUAGCAAACACACGGAAACUCGACAAUACGCAGAGGCUCGACAACAUAAAUUGUACAGACUGUAAAAAUUGUCAAAACUAUGUAGAGUGUACAAAAUGUCCUACAAACAGUACAGGGUUAUUAGACCGCAGUGGAACAGCCAAAAACGUCAAUGUGUUUGGAGAAUUGAAACCCGAUCCAAGUGUACCGUCCAAACUGAUUGUUUUUAUGCCUCCUUAUGUUGAUGAAAAAAUGUUUAUGGUUGUGUUCACCACUGACUAUGAAUCUUACGCGGGUAUUUACACUUGCGAAAAAUAUGAUGGUGGCUCCGAUCAUGUUGUUAGCAUUUUGUCCAGAACAGUGCACUUGGAAGCAACACACAUUGAACAUGUUAACUCUUUUAUACGGUCGGCUAGGCUGUUAGAUAAUCUCUUUAUCAUUGACCAUUUAAACUGUAACCAUCCUAUGAACAGUAUUGACCAGAAUGUCAUUGACGUUGACAAGAAAAUUUACGUUUCUGUAAAAUUCCAAUCGGGAGAAUCAGCUAUAAUAGAAGAACCAGCUGCAACAGCAGAACCAGAUUUAGUCGCACCAAUGAAGCAAGUAUUUGACAAAAAAUCACAAACACAGGGUCAGCGACAAGAGGGAACAUCGUGCUGUGGAACUACCCGAAACAAGUCGAAGAAAUGUUUCUACAACUUCUUUGGAGUCGAGUUUCGCUGCUGUUGUUAUAAUCCACGAACACCAGGAGGAAUCUGAAUGUGAAGUCAAAAUAUUUAGUUUCAUUUAAAUACAUUCAUUUAAAUUUAUCAGUACAUUCACAGUAUAC